AUGUCUACCGAUAAGAUCACUUUCCUAUUGAACUGGCAACCAGCUCCAUACCAUAUCCCAAUCUACUUGGCUCAACAAAAGGGCUUCUUCAAGGAACAAGGUUUGGAUAUGGCCAUCCUUGAGCCAACUAACCCUUCCGAUGUGACCGAAUUGAUCGGUUCCGGUAAGGUCGAUAUGGGUUUGAAAGCUAUGAUCCAUACUUUGGCUGCCAAGGCCCGUGGUUACCCAGUGACCUCUGUGGCUUCCUUAUUGGAUGAACCCUUCACCGGUUUGCUGUACUUGAAAGGUAGUGGUAUCACUGAGGAUUUCCAAUCUUUGAAGGGCAAGAGAAUUGGUUACGUCGGUGAAUUCGGUAAAAUUCAAGUCGAUGAAUUAACUAAGCACUAUGGUAUGAAGCCAGAGGACUACACUGCCAUCAGAUGUGGUAUGAACGUUGCCAAGCACAUCAUCGAAGGUAAGAUUGAUGCUGGUAUUGGUAUUGAGUGUAUGCAACAAGUUCAAUUGGAGGAAUACUUGAAGCAACAAGGUAGACCAACUACCGAUGCUCAAAUGUUGAGAAUCGACAAGUUGGCUUGUUUGGGUUGUUGUUGUUUCUGUACUAUUCUGUACAUUUGCAACGACGAAUUCCUGGCCAAGAACCCAGAAAAGGUCAAGAAGUUCUUGAAAGCUAUCAAGAAGGCUACCGACUAUGUCUUGGCUGAACCAGAAAAGGCUUGGAAUGAGUACGUUGAUUUCAAGCCGGAAUUGAAGAACGACUUGUCCUUCAAGCAAUUCCAAAGAUGUUACGCCUACUUCUCUGAGUCUCUUUACAACGUUCACCGUGACUGGAGAAAGGUUACUGGCUAUGGUAAGAGAUUGGAUAUUUUGCCAGCCGACUACGUCUCCAACUACACUAACGAAUACCUAUCCUGGCCCGAACCAGAGGAAGUUUCCGACCCAUUGGAAGCUCAAAGAUUGAUGGCUAUCCACCAAGAGGCUUGCAGAGACUGCGGUGGUUUCAAGAGAUUGGCUUUGCCAGCUUGA